AUGGAGGUGGUGGGCGACUUCGAGUACAGCAAGAAGGACCUCGUGGGACACGGGGCCUUCGCCGUGGUCUUUCGGGGGCGGCACCGUCAGAAAACUGAUUGGGAGGUAGCUAUUAAAAGUAUUAAUAAAAAGAACUUGUCAAAAUCACAAAUACUGCUUGGAAAGGAAAUUAAAAUCUUAAAGGAACUUCAGCAUGAAAAUAUUGUAGCACUCUAUGAUGUUCAGGAAUUACCCAACUCUGUUUUUCUGGUGAUGGAGUAUUGCAAUGGUGGAGACCUGGCAGAUUAUUUACAAGCUAAAGGAACUCUCAGCGAAGAUACCAUCAGAGUGUUUCUGCAUCAAAUUGCAGCUGCCAUGCGAAUCCUGCACAGCAAAGGAAUAAUCCACAGGGAUCUCAAGCCACAGAACAUUUUGUUGUCUUAUGCCAAUCGCAGAAAGUCAAGUGUCAGUGGUAUUCGGAUCAAAAUAGCGGAUUUUGGCUUUGCUCGUUACUUACAUAGUAACAUGAUGGCCGCAACACUGUGUGGAUCCCCAAUGUACAUGGCACCUGAGGUUAUUAUGUCUCAACAUUAUGAUGCUAAGGCAGACUUGUGGAGCAUAGGAACAGUGAUAUAUCAAUGCCUAGUUGGAAAACCACCUUUUCAGGCCAAUAGUCCUCAAGACUUAAGGAUGUUUUAUGAAAAAAACAGGAGCUUAAUCCCUAGUAUUCCCAGAGAAACAUCACCUUAUUUGGCUAAUCUCCUGUUGGGCUUACUUCAGAGGAACCAGAAAGAUAGAAUGGACUUUGAAUCAUUUUUUAGCCAUCCUUUUCUCGAGCAAGUUCCAGUAAAGAAAUCUUGCCCAGUCCCAGUGCCCACAUAUGCUGGCUCUGUUCCUGGAAGCUCUUCUGGCAGCUCUCCACCUUGUCGUUUCGCCUCUCCACCAUCCCUUUCAGAUAUGCAGCAUAUUCAGGAAGAAAACUUAUCCUCCCCACCAUUGGGUCCUCCCAACUAUCUACAAGUGUCCAAAGAUUCUGCCAGUACUAGUAGCAAGAACUCUUCUUGUGACACGGAUGACUUUGUUUUGGUUCCACACAACAUCUCGUCAGACCACUCAUAUGAUAUGCCAGUGGCAGCAGCAGGCAGACAUGCUUCAAAUGAGUUCUUAGUGUGUGGAGGGCAGUGUCAACCUACUGUGUCACCUCACAGUGAAACAGCCCCAAUUCCAGUUCCUACUCAAAUAAGGAAUUAUCAGCGCAUUGAGCAGAAUCUGACAUCUGCUGCCAGUUCUGGUACAAAUCCCCAUGGUUCUCCAAGAUCUGCAGUGGUACGAAGGUCUAACACCAGCCCCCUGGGCUUCCUCAGAGUGGGAUCCUGCUCCCCAGCACCAGCAGACACAGUGCAGACAGUUGGACGGAGACUUUCUACUGGGUCUUCCAGGCCUUAUUCACCUUCCCCUUUGGUUGGUACUAUUCCUGAGCAAUUUAGUCAGUGCUGUUGUGGGCAUCUUCAGGGCCAUGAAUCCAGGAGUAGAAACUCCUCAGGUUCUCCUGUGCCACAGGCUCAGUCACCACAGUCUCUCUUAUUGGGUGCUAGGCUGCAAAGUACCCCCACCCUCACUGACAUCUAUCAAAACAAGCAGAAGCUCAGAAAACAGCACUCUGACCCUGUGUGCCCAUCCCAUGCCGGGGCUGGGUACAACUACUCACCUCAGCCCAGUCGGCCUGGCAGCCUUGGCACCUCUCCCACUAAGCACAUGGGAUCAUCUCCACGGAGUUCUGAUUGGUUCUUUAAAACUCCUUUACCAACCAUCAUUGGCUCUCCUACUAAGACCACAGCUCCUUUCAAAAUCCCUAAAACACAAGCGUCUUCCAACCUGUUAGCCUUGGUUACACGCCAUGGGCCUGCUGAAGGGCAAUCCAAAGAUGGAAAUGACGCACGGGAAUGUUCCCAUUGCUUCUUAGUACAAGGAGGUGAGAGGCAUCGGUCUGAGCAGCAGAACAAGGCAGUGUUUGGCAGGUCUGUCAGUACUGGAAAAUUAUCAGAUCAACAAAUAAAAGCACCUUUAGGUGGACACCAAGGCAGCUCAGAUAGUUUAAAUACAGAACGACCAAUGGAUAUAGCUCCUGCAGGAGCCUGUGGUGUUGUAGUAGCACCACCAGCAGGAACAGUAGCAAGUUCCAAGGCUGUCCUCUUCACUGUGGGGUCUCCUCCGCACAGUGCCACAGCCCCUGCUUGUACUCAUAUGGUCCUUCGAACAAGAACCACCUCAGUGGGGUCCAGCAGCUCUGGAGGCUCCCUGUGCUCUGCCACUGGCCGUGUGUGUGUGGGCUCACCCCCUGGGCUGGGCUUGGGCUCUUCCCCACCGGGAGCAGAGGCAGCUCCCAGCCUGAGAUACAUGCCUUAUGGUGCUUCACCCCCCAGCCUAGAGGGGCUCAUCACCUUCGAAGCCCCUGAACUGCCGGAGGAGACACUGAUGGAGAGAGAACACACAGACACUUUACGCCACCUGAACAUGAUGCUGAUGUUCACCGAGUGUGUGCUGGACCUGACAGCCAUGCAGGGAGGAAAUCCUGAGUUGUGCACAUCUGCUGUGUCCUUGUACCAGAUUCAGGAGAGUGUGGUUGUGGACCAGAUCAGCCAGCUGAGCAAAGACUGGGGGAGGGUGGAGCAGCUGGUGUUAUACAUGAAGGCAGCACAGCUGCUUGCAGCUUCCCUGCAUCUCGCCAAAGCCCAGAUCAAGUCUGGGAAGCUGAGCCCGUCGACAGCUGUGAAACAAGUUGUGAAAAAUCUGAAUGAGCGAUAUAAAUUCUGCAUCACCAUGUGCAAGAAACUUACAGAAAAGCUGAAUCGCUUCUUCUCUGACAAACAGAGAUUUAUUGAUGAAAUCAACAGUGUAACUGCAGAGAAACUCAUCUAUAAUUGUGCAGUGGAAAUGGUUCAGUCUGCUGCCCUGGAUGAGAUGUUUCAACAGACAGAAGAUAUUGUUUAUCGUUACCAUAAGGCAGCCCUUCUUUUGGAAGGCCUUACUAAGAUUCUACAGGACCCUGCAGAUAUUGAAAAUGUACAUAAAUAUAAAUCCAGUAUUGAAAGAAGAUUGUCCGCACUCUGCUGCAGCACUGGGACUAUAUGAGCAGCCAGCUCGCCUGUGACCAGUAUGGGGAGCAUGAGGUGAUACGUAUGGGAUUACUGCUCAGUCCUGUCACCCAUCCCCAGAAAACUGUGGCUUCUUAACUUGUGACUACCAAAGAAUAAGCAGUUUCAAGAAGGAAAACAGUCCAAAAACUACAUUAUAAAAAAUCUGCCUUACUGGAGAAGUCACUCCCCUUUCCCUUUUUACUUUGUAGAAGCAGAAGUAAAAGUAUUCCACUUGGCUCCCAGUUUGAACCUGUACAAUAAAUGUACUCUCAACUGGAUUUAUGACUACAGUUAUUCUUAACAGAUAAUUAAACAUGAAAGAGAGUGGUGUUCUGCCCAGUUCACAGAGCAUUGUGUAAAAUUUCUUAAUUUGCUGAGGUGUAUACAAGCAAGGAAUCUACACCUCACCAGGCAGUUUGAUAUUUGGCGUGAGUUUGUCUCAAUCUGAGCACAUAUCUUCAAACAGCUCAGGAAGAAAUAGUUUAAGAAGAAGAUAAAGAUGGCUAUUGGAGGAAAUUUUGAAAUCUUCCAUUUGACCUAAUAUGGACACAUACUAAUCUUCCAAAAUCUUUCAUAUUGCACUAAUUUAUUAGAACAACUCUGUAUUGGAUUUGUAGUUUAAAACUAAUGGAGGCACAAUGGACUUGUUUAAAAUAUUUUACUUGAUUAUAUACAUACACCCUUUCCAGAAUUCAUGUAUAGUCUCUCUUGAACUUUCAGUGGUCAAAACUUGUGUUCAUGUGAACCUUUGCAUUGUUUUUACCUGUUUACUGACACCAAUGGAUCUCAAUAAUACUUUGAGUUGCUGAUUGUUUGCUUUCAUUUGCAUUUUUAUUGUGCAUGCAGAAUGUGCAUUGAUGCCUGUGACCUUAGGUUUAUUUGGUCAGUAUUAGAAAAACUAUCAUGAAUGCAAAGAUGCUCUUGAGAAUAUCCAUAGGGUCAAAACAAAGUGGUUAUUAAAGACUUGUUAGUGAUGUGGAGUUUCUACAUGAAGUUACUGAAAAGGAAGUGUGUUUUCUCUUAGGACAAUGGGCAGCUGUCUCCAGCCUAAUGUGUUUUGUUUUGUUUUUUUGAGACAGGUUCUCACUGUAUAGUUGAGACUGACCUGGAAUUCACUAUGUAGCC